AUGCAGCGCAGCAGCAAGAACGAGGCGGACGAGUACGACCUGGAGGGAGUCACGGCGAGGCUGGCGUCGAUGGAGGCCAGGCGACGACGGCGCAAGGACCAAAAGAACGCAGACGCGGCGCAGCAACAGCAGGAGCUCGAUAGGAAGAUCUCUUGCGGGUUUGACUUGGCGCCAGCUGAGCUAUCGAGUGGCUCAGACAGUGACGAUGACUAUUGCUCUAGCAGUACGAAUUCGCUACCAAGUGACAGUGAGCGCGGGAGUCGGACUAGAGCACCGAAGCUUCGGGUGGUAGAUAGCCUGGAUCUAUCCAUGUCCGUUGUUGCGUUUGGUGAAGAACUAAGUUCCCCGCAUCAAACUGGCCCAGAAUGUAUCAAAAGUAGCAGUACGAAUGUGCGGCCGAGUCUGUUGAAGCUGCCGGGCAGGAAACUUGACAAGACAAUCUACGGCGAGCAGAUAGGGGGCAACACUGUCUGUGGAACCUCUCGAAUACCGAAGCUUGUAGAACGGCGUCGGCAGAUGCAGGCGGUGGGGAAACCUGCUAAUGAGGCGAUGAAUGCCCGAGAAACCUCUUCAGUGGCCGCAAAGAACGGGGUAGAUAAACAUCCAUCGGUGUCUUCAGGUGACCGAGCAAAACUGCGCCAUUCGACUCAGGUUCCCACAAGAAAGCCAAACCAGACCACUGUUGAGGUGAGACCGAAGGACAAUGAGAAUGCUUCCGUGAAUGCGCAAAGCAUUCUCGAUGACAUCGACUCUAGCACAGCGGAAGAGCGGCAGCUGCUGCAAUCUCUGGAGAAGCUCAACCAACGCCUAUCACACGUCAGCACUCCUGCUGUAGUUGUACUCGAGAGUGGUCAUCAAGUGAAUCAAAGCGAGUUGCACGUAAGUGCCUUUCAGAACUCCAGCUCAAUUGACACCAACAAAAAUGAAGUCGACGAAAACCAUCUACGAGCUGCAGCGUAUGGGGGAGGUACGCACUGCAAACCCCGUCAGCCUUCAUCUGCAUCGCUGCGCUCAUCUUCUGUAAAACGCGCGGAGCUGUCGGAAGGAAUUCACAAAGCUCGAGUUCGCGUAGGAGGCGCAACAGUCCACGAUGGGGGCCGCAACAGCUCCGCAGGUGGAGCCGGCAAACACAAAAUCGUAGUGAAAAAAGAUCUUGCACAUUUACUUUUCUAA